ACCCGCCCCGGGUUAAGUGCAUGAUAAUAAUUACGCACUUCCACAUUUCUUCGACAAGAAGAAAUUUUAACCAACAAAAAACAGCCAGAAGAAAAUUUAAUAUUUAUAGAAAGGGAAUCUGUUACAACAUUUUUAUAAAACAAAAAACUCGUGCAAAUACAAAUCACGUGCAAUGGCUGAUCAACAAAAACCUAAUGACAAUGAACUCAACGAAUUAUUAGACAAUGCUCUACAAGACUUUGCUAAAAAUGAUAAAAGCUCAUCGAAUGAUGCUAAUGCAGCUGCCACAGCAGGUGCAACGGGAGAAAGUGGUGAGCAAGCUGGUGAUUCAGAGGAAUUCUUUUUAGAACAGGCUAAAUUAUUAGCCGAACGUAUGAACACAUUGUUUGGUGGCCCUGAUACACCCAGUGGUGAUGUAGCUCCAUUACCUCAAGAUCCUGAUCAAAUUUUAGCUGGCUUUAAGAAAAUGGCCGAAGCUGCCGCCAUGACAUUGCAGGGUGAAAACUCAGCCAGCGAUGAAGAAGUUGCCAAAUAUUCCGAUAGUAUAGCACAAGCCCUAAAAGGUUUGCAAGAGGGUACUGAUAAUUUGAAUGCCCCCGUUUCAGAAACUGAUGUCGCACAAAUGUUUGGCGGUUUGAGUUUAGAAAAUGCUGGCUCCGAUGACGGCAAUAUGUUCCUACCUUUCAUGGAGGGUAUGAUGCAAUCACUAUUGUCCGCAGAAAUUCUUUUGCCCAGCAUUAAAGAGCUUUUAGAAAAAUAUCCCAAAUACUUGGAAGAGAAUGGUGAUAAAAUAUCAGCCGAAGACAAAGAACGCUAUGAAAAACAAUUGGAAUUGUAUAAAAUUAUCGAAGGACAUUUAGAAAGUGAAAAUCCCAAUGAUUCUGCCAAGGAAAAACGUGAAAAAUUCAAAGUUGUAUUAGAUGAUAUGCGUAAACUGCAAGAAUACGGUCAACCACCCGAAGAAAUUUUAGCCGAAACUGCUGGUGAUUUGCCAAUGUUGGACCCUGCAGCAGCGGGUGCCGCUGCCGGUAAUCCUCAAUGUCCCAUGAUGUAGUAGCUAAUGUGAAAUUGUCGUUGUUGUAAUUUAUGCCCAAAAUAAUUUAUUUUUUUUAAUUUCACAUCUAAAUGCGUUUUUUCUUAAUUUCUUUUUCUAAUUUUUUUAUUUUAAUAUUUUAGUAGUAUUAGGCCUUUCUACAUACUUGUUGUGGUUUUACGGUUCUUAUUUUUAUUAGUAAUUGUCUAAAUUUUAUUUUAUUUACAAAAAAAAAACGUAAUUUUUAUUUAAAAAAAAUAUUGUGAAAAUGCUGUAAAUGCAUUUAUUUAAAUUUACAUUUUGAAAUGGAAUUUUUAUUUUUGCUAAUGGCAAAGGAUUUUAAAAAGGAAAUAAAUAUAUUGAUUCUAUUUUGUUAAAUAGAAUGUUACGAAAGUAUCGAAA